AUGUCUCAAUCGCAGGUUGAACAGCAAAAGAGGGCUGUGGCAGCAUCUGCUGCUCUGCAGCAAUCCGAUAAUAUCGCUCACGCCCUGGCCGGAGCAGGAGGCGGUAUCCUUUCGAUGGUUCUGACAUACCCUCUUAUCACGCUAUCAACCCGCGCGCAGGUGGAAUCCAAACGUGCCCAGUCUUCGACCUACGAUGCCAUCCGACACAUCGUCCAACGAGAGGGUGUCACCGGGCUCUAUUCCGGCCUGACCUCGGCGCUUUUUGGAAUCAGCAUGACAAACUUUGUGUACUAUUACUGGUACGAAUGGACCAGGUCCGCAUUUGAGCAGGCUGCAAUAAAGGCUGGCCGCGCCUCCAAGAAACUGACUACUGUCGAGUCGAUAAUUGCCGGUGCCAUUGCUGGCAGUGCGACCGUGCUCCUGACGAACCCGAUCUGGGUCAUCAACACCAGAAUGACGGCCCGCAAAUCCGAGUCCGAAGAGCAGGCUCUUCCAGGUGCGCCGAAAAAAAAGUCGCUGUCGACCAUCGAAACCCUGCUGCAGUUGCUCAGGAACGAGGGACCAAGUGCUCUGUUUUCCGGCGUCCUGCCCGCCCUCGUGCUGGUGAUCAACCCUAUUCUUCAGUAUACCAUCUUUGAGCAACUGAAAAACGUGGUGGAGCGACGACGCCGCGUGACCCCCACGGAUGCAUUCUAUCUCGGGGCGAUCGGCAAGAUUCUGGCCACCAGCAUUACCUACCCCUACAUUACGGUCAAGAGCCGCAUGCACGUCGCCAGCAAGGACGGACCCCGUGAAAGCCUCAACGGAAGCUUGAAGAGGAUUGUUUCCCAGGAAGGAUACGCCGGCUUGUAUAGAGGCAUCGCACCCAAAGUCAGCCAGAGUGCACUCACGGCUGCCUUCCUUUUCGCUUUCAAAGACGUCUUGUAUGAUGUGAUUGUGAAGGCGCGAGGUGGUCGCCGCGCAAUUGGUAAGUAA